CACUCUUCAUGCGCCGACGACGCGAUGCCGCCGGGCGGGAACCUGCUCGACCUCCUUUCAAGUCCGUAAGAGCCGCGUGAUAGCGCGGACACGGAAAGUAACAGCGCCUUGGAAUGCGCUGGGAGACAUGUGACCAUUUCUGCUGAAACACUGGUUCAAAAUAACCCGGCCUCUGGGCACUUACCUGCAUAGCAGCACAAUGACUUACAGGCACAUGUGUCACAGGGGAAUAACAGGAUAAAUGCAAUGACACAGACUAGAGGUAUUCAACAUUAUGGUAAUAAAUGUUUGGUGCUUUAAUAAGCAGGCAAGGAACAAAAUAGGAUGAGAACAGCCACUUCCUAGUAUCCAUUUGUUUCCUUAUCUCGUUCUAUCAGUCAUUGUGUGGAGUAGGUGGCAGGGAUAAUAAAGGCCAAAUCGAGAUUGACUGAUUAAGUAACAAGAGGAAGGAAAAGGAGGAAAAGAGAGAGAAAGAAGUGAAGGGUUGACCUGACUUCUUUGCUGUCACGCAGAUAAGAGCGAUGAUGGAGAUUCCCAGCGGACUUGGAUGACCUUUAACUAGAUUACUGAAAUGACGCUGCUUAACUAACUCGUCUAUACCUUGCCUCUUUUGAUGGAAAACAUCUGGAACACAAAAUUAGUCACUCCGACUAUAUGUAGUUUUAUUAAAAUGUAAUUUAAAUUAGACAAAUAGUAAUGAAGUAAUAUCCACAAAAUAUUGGCUAAUCAAAUUGUUCCUUCCGGUUCUAUUGAAAAAGAAAUAAUAUAACUAGCUUUUCGUAACGAGACCUGUUGUUCCACUUAUUGUUGUACCAGACAUCAUAUAAGGCAAAAACAUCUUCAUAGUGUUGUUCGGCAUGGUUGAAUUUAAUUCGCACUUGUCGGUAGUUGUCGGCAGAGGGCGCUGCAACAUUCGGGCCACACAGCAGCCGCUGAUGCUCUCUUUAAAGCGCUCGUUAGCUCUGUGUACAGAGCGUUUUCCUGUCACAGGCUUCAGGCUAAAGUUGAUGUUUUACAGGAUCCUGAGAGGCGUUUCAACACCAACAUUUAGCUCUCUGAGGCAACGGUUUUUCUCACGCACUUCUCGAAAACUCAGCUCCAACAUGGCCUUUCAAUAUCCCCAGGCUUAUCGCGACGAGUCAGUUGUGGAUAACUAUCAUGGCAGCAAAGUGCCGGAUCCGUACAGCUGGCUGGAGGACCCUGACAGUGAAAAGACCCAGGCCUUUGUCAGUGCUCAGAACCAGCUGACUUUGCCAUUUUUGGAGCACUGUGAGGUGCGAGACUUGUUCAAGGAGCGUAUGACAGAGUUGUAUGACUACCCAAAAUAUAGCUGUCCCUUCAAGAGGGGGAGCAGGUAUUUUCAUUUCUACAACACAGGCCUCCAGAACCAGAGUGUGAUGUACAUGCAGGAGAGCCUGGAUGCUGAACCCACCGUUUUCUUGGACCCUAACACUUUUUCCGAUGAUGGCACUGUUGCCCUUCGAGGCUAUGCAUUUGCUGAGGACGGGGAGUAUCUGGCUUAUGGCACCAGUGCCAGUGGGUCUGACUGGGUAGAGAUUCGAUUUCUGCGUGUUGAAGGUGCUGUGACUCUAGAGGACCAUCUGGAAAGGGUCAAGUUUAGCUGCAUGUCAUGGACCCAUGAUGGAAAAGGGCUGUUUUACAACUCCUACCCUGACCAGGAGGGCAAGAGUGAUGGUACUGAAACCUCAACCAAUUUGCAUCAGAAAUUGUAUUACCAUCUUCUGGGGACCCCGCAGUCUGAAGAUGUCUUGUGUGCAGAGUUCCCUGAUCACCCCAAAUGGAUGAGUGGAGCUGAAGUAUCAGAUAAUGGGCGCUACGUACUGCUGUCUAUUAGGGAAGGUUGUGAUCCAGUCAACAGACUGUGGUAUUGUGAUCUCCAAACCACUCCUCAGGGUAUCACUGGACUUUUGCCAUGGGUGAAACUAAUCGACAACUUUGAUGCUGAGUAUGAGUAUGUGACCAAUGAGGACACGUUGUUCACCUUCAAAACCAACUUGGAUGCCCCACGUUACCGUCUCAUCAACAUCGACUUUGCCUCUCCAGCUCAAAGCAACUGGAAAGAACUAAUCCCUCAACAUGACAAGGAUGUUAUUGUAUUUGCCACCUGUACAUACUCAAGCUACCUGUUUGUGUGUUUCCUCCACGACGUGAAGAAUGUGCUGAAAAUGUAUCGUCUCAGCUCAGGGGAGGAGUUGAGGAGCUUCCCUCUUGACGUUGGCUCCAUAGUAGGCUUCACAGGAAGAAAGCGGGAUUCUGAGAUCUUCUACUAUUUCACUUCAUUCUUAUCUCCAGCCAUCAUUUACCAUUGUGACCUGACCAAGGAGCCACUGCAGCCUCAUAUCUUCAGAGAGGUCACUGUAAAAGGCUUCAGUCCUUCUGACUACCAAACCACCCAGAUCUUCUACCGCUCCAAAGAUGGCACUGAAAUCCCCAUGUUCAUAGUACACAAGAAGGGCAUCAAAAUGGACGGCUCCCAUCCAGGGUUUCUGUAUGGCUACGGAGGCUUUAACAUCUCCAUCACGCCAAGCUACAGCGUCUCCAGACUCAUCUUUGUGCGGCACCUGGGGGGAGUCCUGGCGGUCGCCAACAUAAGAGGAGGCGGCGAGUACGGGGAGACCUGGCACAAAGCUGGCAUGUUGGCCAACAAGCAGAACUGCUUCACAGACUUCCAGUGCGCUGCUGAGUAUCUCAUAAAGGAGGGAUACACUUCUCCUUCCAAGCUAACGAUAAACGGCGGCUCCAACGGGGGCCUGCUCGUAGCGGCCUGCGUGAACCAGCGGCCUGAGCUGUUCGGCUGCGCUAUAGCUCAGGUUGGCGUCAUGGACAUGUUGAAAUUCCACAAGUUCACAAUAGGCCACGCCUGGACAACAGACUUUGGCUGUUCAGAGAAGAAAGAGCAGUUUGAGUGGCUCAUCAAGUACUCCCCCCUCCAUAACAUCUGCAUCCCAGAGGGCAACGGCGUCCAGUACCCGGCGGUUCUCCUGCUGACGGGGGACCACGAUGACCGCGUGGUGCCCCUUCACUCUCUUAAGUACAUCGCCACCCUCCAGCACAUCGUGGGCCGCAGCCCCAAGCAGACAAACCCGCUCUUCAUCCUGGUGGACACGAAGUCAGGCCACGGUGCAGGCAAGCCCACCAGUAAGGUCAUCCAGGAGGUGGCGGACACCUACGCCUUCAUCGCUCGCUGCCUCAACAUCUCCUGGGUUAAAUAACCAGGGUUUGUAAUAUAGGGUGUGUUUGUGUGUGUGAGUGAGAACGUGCAUGUUUUUUUUUCCUUUUCCGUUAAUAAAAUAGUCUUUGGAAAACUUAAUGUUUUACAUAACUUUACAUUAACCGCAGAGUCUCCUUCGCUGCCUUUUUUUCAGCAUUACCAUAUUUUUUCUGUUUGUACAUCUGUCUCGUCUGCCCUUCACCAUUUUCUCCAGCUGAACUUGCACACUGCUAUAAGCUAACACACAACCCUCACAGCUAACUUACUCUCGACAUUAUCGAGGUAACACGGUUACAGUUACUAAUCAGCCAAUUAUGAGGUCAAAGAGGCACCAACAUGCAACGUAUUUAUGUUUUGUUUCUGUACAGAUUUGAAUGUUGGUGGUAACGUGUUGUUUGAGAAGCCAGUGUAGUGUUGUGCAGAUAGUGACUCUGCAGAUUGACAAAAUUGCUGUGGAUGUGUGGAGCCUUGCAAAAAAAAUGUCAGUCCCAACAUUUGUUUCAGACUGAAAAUGAUUUCUACCUCCUGACAUGUGCUGAUUGUUUCUCUUAAAAGGGAACAAACCACAAUGCCACAACAAUAAACAACUUUUUAAACAGG